AAGGUUUGGUCGGCCCUCCUCCUCGGCGUUCAUCCAAGAAGAAUGGCUGGCGCCGAGGCAGAAGAAGCCAUGAACUCCUCUUCUCCCUCCGCGAGCUCGUCAGGAGAUGGAACCCUCAUCGAGGACUUCUCCAACUCCUUCUUUCAGUGCUGCGUCUGCCUGGAUCUCCUCUACAAACCCAUUGUUCUUGCUUGUGGUCAUAUUUCUUGCUUUUGGUGUGUGCAUAAAGCUAUGCACGGCUCGCGAGCAUCAUAUUGUGCUCUAUGUAGGCAACCGUAUAAGCACUUUCCUAGUAUCUGCCAAUUACUCCACUUCUUGCUCCUAAAACUUGAACCUGCGGCCUAUAAAAGAAGGGAAAAGGAAGUGCUAGAGGAAGAAGAACGUAUGGACAUAUACUCACCUCAGUUUGUAGAUCACUUAAUCUCUGAGAGGGUUCAUUCUGGCGAGAUUUUAAAAAAUAAUGACAGUCUUAAAGCCAACAAAAGUGAAGCUUCAAAAGAACUUACUUUUCCAGAAAAUAGACUUGAGAAUGGAAUUUGCAAACAAAUUUCCAUGAACGACGUACUAUGUUCUCUUUGCAAGGAACUGCUGUAUCAACCUGUUGUUCUCAAUUGUGGGCAUGUAUUUUGCGAAUCUUGCCUGUCUAGCGUAGUUGGCGAUCCUCUUAAAUGUCAAGUGUGUCAAAGUCUGCAUCCUGGAGAAUUUCCAAAUAUUUGCUUGGAUCUGGAUCAUUUCUUGGAAGAACAAUUUCCUAGAGAGUAUGCAAUGAGAAGAGAAAGCGUACUGCUAAAAGUUGAACAUAGACAUGGGGAUCCAUCAUCUAGUGUUUUGCAUACAGAGAAGCAAAGUUCCAAAUCAUCUUGUAAUGUCCCAGACGAUCACCUAUGCCUACCUGAAGACUUGUCAAGUGUCCAUGUUGGAGUUGGCUGUGAUUCAUGUGGGAUGUAUCCCAUAAUUGGAAAGAGGUACAAAUGUCAAGACUGCAGAGAGACAAUUGGCUUUGACCUGUGUGAAGCAUGCUAUAAUACUAGCUCUAAACUCCCUGGCAGAUUCAAUCAGCAGCACACACCUGACCACAAGUUCGAACUUGAUGACACACUGUUGCUAUAUAAGAUAUUGUUGUUCAGGGCCAUGCCAGAGGAGGACCCUCAACAAGAUGUUGCCGAAGCUGAUCUCCCUGAUGAUGAUCAACAAGACCAUGAAGAUCAUGAUCAUGUACCAGAAGGAAAUCUGAAUGAGGAUCAAAUCUUAUAGAAGAAAAGUCAAUUUUCAGCAUGAGAAAGUUAUAUAUCAUGUUCACCAAGUAUAAUUAGGACCAGAAGCCACGAUCAGGUUGUAAAGAAAUAACAAGGAUUGCCUGGCAUCAGCAUUGGAGUUGUUAAUCAUUUUUCUGUUGCUUUAUUAAUUUUAGCUUCAGUUGUUUCUGUCGGAAAAUGAUGACAUUGAUUUCAGUUGUUUGAUUAUUCAAAUACACAUUUACUUUUUCAUUGUCAAAUAAUUAUUGCACAUUACCAAACAAAUUUUUUAUUUCCUGCUA